GCUCUUUUGAUAUUGAGGACAUUAAAGGAACACAUCAACAGCUGACAUGAGGGUGGGCAGUGCGGGGGUCCGGGCCCGGAGGGCUGCGGAGCCAUCCGAACCAGAGCCAGAGGAAGCAACAGAGCCAGUUCAUCAUGAGCACUCCCAUACAGAACACCAUGAGCACUCCCAUUCAGAACAUCACCCCGGCCACGACUACAACCACAUGAAGGAGAAGUUCAUGAAUGAACUUGGUCAUCUGCCAAUUCCAAUGUGGGCAGUAGGAGCCAUUGUUGUGGUGGUCCUGGUCUUGGUGGCAUGCUUCAUCUUCUGUGUUUUCAAGAAAUGCUUCGGAAAAAAGAAAAAGCCGAAGAAAGUGAGGGAGAGGAAGACAGGCCGUCGCAGAAAGGAAAAGGAAGGUGAAGGAGAGACUGGAGAGAAGGAGGGGGAGGUGAAGAAGGAAGGGGAGGAAGAGGAGAAAGAACAGGAAAAGUUGGGUAAGCUGGAGUUCUCGUUGGACUACAACUUCACAGAUUCCCAGCUUAUAGUGGGCAUCCUCCAGGCUCAAGAUCUAGCUGCUAUGGACAUGGGGGGAACCUCCGACCCCUACGUCAAAGUCUUUUUGUUGCCAGACAAAAAGAAGAAGUAUGAGACCAAAGUUCAGCGCAAGAAUUUAUGCCCAGUGUUCAACGAGACUUUCAUCUUCAAGAUCCCAUAUGCAGAGUUGGGCGGCAAGACUUUGGUGCUCCAGGUUUUUGACUUUGAUCGUUUCUCCAAGCAUGAUAUGAUUGGUGAGAUAAAGAUUCCAAUGAACAGUGUUGAUUUGGGCCAGCCAAUGCAACAAUGGAGAGACUUGGAGAGUGGUGAGAAGGAGGAGCAAGAAAAGCUGGGUGAUAUUUGCAUUUCUUUACGGUAUGUGCCCACUGCUGGAAAACUGACAGUGAACAUCAUGGAGGCAAAGAAUCUGAAGAAAAUGGAUGUUGGUGGCUUAUCAGAUCCGUAUGUGAAGAUUGUUUUGCAACAAAAUGGGAAACGGAUCAAGAAGAAAAAGACAACAGUUAAGAAAAACACCCUCAAUCCUUACUUUAAUGAGAGUUUCAGCUUUGAUGUCCCCUUUGAGCAGAUACAGAAAGUGCAGGUCGUCAUCACAGUGUUUGAUUAUGAUAAACUUGGAAGCAAUGACCCCAUUGGAAAGACCUUCAUGGGUUAUGGAGCUACAGGAGUUGGCCUGCGCCACUGGUCAGAUAUGCUUGCCAAUCCCAGACGUCCAGUAGCCCAGUGGCACACUCUCCUGCCAGAAGAAGAAGUUGAUGCGGCAGUCAAAGCGAAACCUCGUUAGAGUUGCACCUUGUUUGUGUAUAACAUACUGUUGGUAAUGUUACUUCUUCUUAUUCCUGAUGUUUUGUCAGUCUGGAUGUUCUUUAUUCCAUUUUGUUUCUAAGAUACUUCUAUGUGUGUAUGUGUGAACGUGUGUGUGUGAGAGAUGUACAGACAACUUUUAAUAUUUGGUUGUUAUUAAAACCUCGGCUUCCACGACUUUCCCUACACUGUAAACCAAUAUGACUCUGUAUUUCUAUACUUGUAAAACAUGUAUCUGUAAAUGUGCAUCUUUUGUGUAUGCUCAUGCAUGGGCCUGGUAAAAUGUGGACGCAUAAAGAGAAAAUUUCAGAAUUGCUGUAUUCUGAAAUGUUAGUUGACUGAACACAUCAUAGAAAUUCCACAUUUCAUGGUAUGUACACUGGACCUUUUUUUGCUCAUUUUGCAGUGCUGUGGUGCAACGGAGUCCUGAAAAAUGCCUGUUG